AUGAAGGUCACCCAACACACCUCCAGGGUGAAGGUGACCCAACUCACCUCCAGGGUGAAGGUGACCCAACUCACCUCCAGAGUGAACGUGACCCAACUCACCUCCAGAGUGAAGGUGACCCAACACACCUCCAGGGUGAAGGUGACCCAACUCACCUCCAGAGUGAACGUGACCCAACUCACCUCCAGAGUGAAAGUGACCCAACUCACCUCCAGAGUGAACGUGACCCAACUCACCUCCAGAGUGAAGAGUGAACGUGACCCAACUCACCUCCAGGGUGAAGGUGACCCAACUCACCUCCAGGGUGAAGGUGACCCAACUCACCUCCAGGGUGAAGGUGACCCAACUCACCUCCAGGGUGAAGGUGACCCAACUCACCUCCAGGGUGAAGGUGACCCAACUCACCUCCAGAGUGAAGGUGACCCAACUCACCUCCAGGGUGAAGGUGACCCAACACACCUACAGGGUGAAGGUGACCCAACUCACCUCCAGGGUGAACGUGACCCAACUCACCUCCAGGGUGAAGGUGACCCAACUCACCUCCAGAGUGAAGGUGACCCAACUCACCUCCAGGGUGAAGGUGACCCAACACACCUCCAGGGUGAACGUGACCCAACUCAUCUCCAGGGUGAAGUUGACCCAACACACCUCCAGGGUGAAGGUGACCCAACACACCUACAGGGUGAAGGUGACCCAACUCACCUCCAGGGUGAACGUGACCCAACUCACCUCCAGGGUGAAGGUGACCCAACACACCUCCAGAGUGAACGUGACCCAACUCACCUCAAGGGUGAAGGUCACCCAACUCACCUCCAGGGUGAACGUGACCCAACUCACCUCCAGAGUGAAGGUGACCCAACUCACCUCCAGGGUGAAGGUGACCCAACUCACCUCCAGAGUGAACGUGACCCAACACACCUCCAGGGUGAAGGUGACCCAACUCACCUCCAGGGUGAAGGUGACCCAACACUCCUCCAGAGUGAACGUGACCCAACACACCUCCAGGUGGUAACGAGUUCCAUCUCCCGCUGUGUUUGGGCCUAA